AUGAUUGCUUUCGGUGCGCUUACAAUCGAGUUUAUUUUUAGAUUUUCAAUGGCAUUCACAGACAGACCUAACAUGUCACACAUGGAAUGGGGAGAAGAAGAAACAGGACAACCAGUGCCUACGGCAGAGCUUGUGUAUCACCACUGGGCCGAUCGUCCAUCCGAGCCAGUAGUAGUCAAAACUAAUCCUAGGCUUGGCCCCCAAAAUAGAUCAUCCGAACCCAUUGCGCGUAACUCACAGAAUGACUCGAAUCAUCGGGGUAGGCGGCCGCCAUAUAACUCCAGAGGUCGGGGCCACACUAUGCGAUCUACAUUUAAUAAUGACUCAUCAGACAGUGCCCAAUCUGGCCCUGCGUUUAGACGUGCCUUGCCAAUGCAAUCAUCAACACUACAUCACUACCGUCCACCACGUCGGCAGUCGCAGAUGUCUGCAAGGCAGUAUCCAGAUUCCUCUCAUCAGCAUCAAACUUCGUAUGGUUUACAAUCAAUUUCAGGUGAUGAUGAGUAUAAUAAUAAGCGAAAGCGCUUGGACUGA